AUGCAACUCACUGUGCUAUUCGCAACAGUCGUGAUCGCCACACUGGUCGGGCUCUCGUCGGCCGAGGAGGAGACAAAAUUAAGCGAAGGUUCAGAAGCUGUGUUAACAAAGAUCAGGUCGCUGAGAGAGCAGGCCAAGAAGGAGUUGCAAACCGUCACCAACACCGACGAACGCGAUAUAACAAUUCAAAGAAAGCCUCCGUCCGAACGGGCUGCUCCUAAGGCUGAAGAUAGCGCUAAGGCUGGGAAAGCACUGAAAGCUCGUAAGGCUCGUAAUGCUCGUAAGGCCCGCAAGGCUCACAAUGCUCAAAAACGACGAGCAGUGAACAAGCGUCAGGCGAAGACUCGCCGUGCUCGUGCUCAAGCCCGUGCUCGUCUGAUCAGACGCAUCCAACGCAACAAGCAGAUCCGCCGUUCUCAACGUCGAGCUGCUGAAGCCAAGAAAGCCGACAAAACGAAGAAGGAAUGA